AUGGCGGUCGCAAUCUCUGAAGAGCAAGCUACCGACUUGAGCAAGCAAUAUGACACCCCACUUGGCCUUGCUCACUCAACUAUGCAAGUCCUCAAGGACAGGAUCAAGCUUCAUUAUGAUCUUGCUAGCGACUAUUACCUACGUUUAUGGGGCGAGCACAUUCAUCACGGAUACUGGCCAACAGAGGAAUCUGAAGCCACACAGACAAAAGAGGAAGCCCAGGCAAACCUCAUUCAGUUACUUCUAGACAUCUCCAAAAUCCCCUCCAAAAGCUCGGUUUUGGAUGUUGGAUGCGGUAUCGGUGGCACUUCUCGCUAUCUCGCAUCCAAGCACGGUAGCUCUGUUACUGGAAUCACCAUCUCCACAAAGCAAGUUGAGAUAGCGGACCGCUUGACCAAGGCCGCCGUAGAAGAUGGGGCUUCACUACCCGAUGUAUCAGGAGCUCGUGGCUUCAUUAAGCUCGGUGACGGAAAAGUCAAGUUUCUCGAGCUUGAUGCCGAAAAAAUGGGUGAUUUCUUCAGCAAUCAACAAGGCUCAUUCGACGCGGUCUGGAUAAGUGAGGCACUCAGUCACUUCCCUAACAAAGCACUGUUCUUCGAAAACGUGAUGAAAGUCCUCAAGCCUGGAGGCAAGCUUGUAUUGGCAGAUUGGUUCAAGGCCGAGGACUUGGACGACACCACGUUCACCAACGAUAUCAAGCCCAUUGAAGGUAGGGUUCCAUGCAAAAUAUCAUUGAGUGUUUCUGAGCUUAAGUAA